GUGCUUACUGUGUCAAUGCACAUUUGUAGUUUAUUAAAACAGAUUUUAUACCGAAUACAAAAUAAAACGAUUUUUUGUUCAUUAGAAUGCAGAGUAAUAUUUGAAUAAUAAUAAUAAGCUAUGAAACGGCUCUGUAUCAAAUAAACCGACUCACUGAAAAGAACCGGAAUUCCUGCUACUACUGUUUACAGGGAGACCAAUUUUUACUUCCAGGUUAAGUGGGCGGUAACGUUUAGCUUUUAGUGAACCUUUUCGCAGAUCCCUAGCACAAACACGGAAGCCGGAGGAAAUGUAUUCAUACGCUCAUAGGAAAUCCAAAUGUUUCAGUUUCAGAUUAUCCGUUAACGUCGCCCUUCGGGUUUAGGAAAAGUCGAGUUGAGUUCAAUGUGUUGGGAAAUGAAAACAGAAAGUCUGGCAGUAGCCAUUAUAGAAACGAUUCUUCCAAGAGAGCCCCGGUUACUGCCCCUUCCAUAGUAGCUUAUUUCUGUACUGUAGUUGAUAUGGCAUUUGAUCCAGCGCGCAGGAUUAUGACGCCAUCGUCCUGCGAUACGUUCGUGGCUUUACCUCCAGCCUCAGAGGGACAGCGCGUCAUCUUCGGCAAGAACUCGGACAGACCCUGCGAUGAGGUGCAAGAGGUGGUUUACUUCCCGUCCAAAGACUACAGUCCGGGAGACAAAGUCGAGUGCACGUACAUAGAGAUAGAGCAGGCUGCCCAUACUCAUGCUGUAGUGUUGAGUAGACCAGCAUGGCUCUGGGGAGCUGAAAUGGGAGCCAACGAACACCAGGUCUGCGUCGGAAAUGAGGCUGUGUGGGGGAGAGAAAGUGCCACCAGCGAAGAGGCUUUACUGGGCAUGGAUCUAGUGAGAUUGGCUCUGGAGAGAGCAGACAGUGCGGAGAAGGCUCUGAAUGUGAUUGUGGAGCUUCUGGAAAAAUACGGGCAGGGUGGCAACUGUAUGGAGGAUGAAUGCACUUAUAUCUACCAUAACAGCUUCCUCAUAUGUGACCGCACUGAGGCCUGGGUGCUGGAGACCUCUGGGAAAUACUGGGCUGCAGAGAGAAUAGAGAAUGGCUAUCGUAAUAUUUCUAAUCAGUACUCCAUCACCACAAAAAUCGACAAGGAGCACCCGAGGAUGCGGGAGUAUGCGCGGGAGCAAGGCUGGUGGGACGGCAAGGUGGCAUUCAGUUUUGCAGAGGUUUACUCCUUUAUGACUACAGCACGCACAGAGGCCGCUUGGGGUCGCUAUUGUGAGGGACGCAGGCUGCUGGAGAAAAUCAAAGGUCACAUCACAGCUGAGACCAUGAUGGAUAUACUGAGAGAUAAAGAGAGUGGAAUUAAUAUGGAAGGCAUGUUCAUGACAACAGGAAGCAUGGUAUCUGUGCUCCCUAAGGACCAGUCACUGCCUGGGGUUCACUACUUCACUGCAACCCCUGACCCAGAAAGGUCUGUUUUCAAGCCGUUUAUCUUUGUAGCAGACAUAAAGCCAAUGAAUCAUACCUGUUCUCCGUGUUUCGGAGAGGACGAUCCAGUGAAGAAGAAACCUCGCUUUCAGACCAAGCCCAACCGUAAACACCCCCUAUUCAUGAAACAUGAGGUGGUGGCUGCUAUAAUCGACAGCACACGGGAGAAAGGUCAGAGGAUCGUGCAGAAAAUGCAAGAGGUGGAGAAGCAAAAAAUGGCAGAAAUGGAGACGUACUUAACUACAGGUGUGGAGGACUCGACUCUGCUGGUUCAUCUCUUCUCAAAUACAGUUGAGGAAGAGCUGAAGGUUUACAGCAAAGCCUGAAACAGCCUGGAGAGACUUUUAGAUCUUAUAUAAUUAAAACAAUUAAUUUAUGAACAGAAACAAAAAGUCGAAAUGUACUUAAUUGCAUGUAAUUUAAAUGCGCAUAAAUUGCACAUAAUUCAAUAUACAGCCAUUCCUUCAUGUGUGAAAUUACUCUGGUUAUACAAAUAUAGCAUGAUGACAAUAGUUAAAUACAGGUAUAAAAACCUGUGAUCUUUUUCCCCCGAUCAACAAGAACAGACGAUCAACAACAAACAAUUGC